GAAGGGGUGGCCCCGGACUAGACGCGGCCGCUGUUACUCUCCUGGUGCUGAUCCACGCACAGGCCCCUUGUGGCCACAGAGCGCACCCGAGGUCCCGGAAGAGAGGCGCGGGGCGCAGCGAAACCUCCGGAAAGACGAAGAGGGCUGCCAGGUCGCGCCCGCUAUGACUCCCGCGGCUGCGGUUCCCUCCGGCGACCUCGCGCCCGCGGCCUUGGGGGCGCAGCUGGGCUCCCGGGAGGCCGCGCUUUGAGGUUCCAGGGCCUCCGCCUGCAGCUGCCGCGCCGGAGAAACACUGGGCCCGCGGUUGCCUGCCUGCCUCGUGCUCUACGGCCCACCUCGGCUCACGUUCUCUGGCGCCGGUCGCCAUGGCCUUCACCUCCCAGGAGAGCGCGGGCCCCGAGCGCAGGCGGCCGCCGCGGCACCCGGCGCUGCUCGGGCUGCUGCUGCUCUGCCUGUGGCUGUCGAGCGGUCGCGCAGCCGGGCCGCCCCCGGCGCAGCUGUCCGAGCUGCAGGCGCAGCUCUCCGGCGUGGAGCAGCUCCUGGAAGACUUCCGCCGGCAGCUGCAGCAGGAGCGGCCGCAAGAGGAGCUGGAGCUGCGUGCUAGCCGCGGGCCGCAGCAGAGCUGUCCCAGCCGGGGCAGCGGCAGCUACAGCGUCAUGUCCGACGCCAUCAUCCGCAUCAAGGACUCCAUCGCGGCGGGCGCCAGCUUCCUGAGGGCUCCGGCCGCCGUGCGGGACUGGCGGCAGUGCGUGGCGGCUUGCUGCUCUGAGCCGCGCUGCUCGGUGGCGGUGGUGGAACUGCCCCGGCGGCCCGCACCCCUGGCCCCCGCGCUCGGAUGUUACCUCUUCAACUGCACCGCGAGCGGCCGCAGCGUCUGCAGGUUCGCGCUGCGCCGGGGCUACAGUAGCUACAGCCUCAGCCGCGCCCUGGAAGGGCAGCAAGAUCUGGAAACUGGCGUCACCGCCCGGGCCUCGCCUGGACUGGGAAAGGAUGCGCCUCCCCUCAGCAAGGCCGGGCAGGAUGUGGUUCUGCGUCUGCCCACAGACGAGGUGACUUUGGACGGCCGUCAGAGCACAGAUGACCAUGCCAUCGUCCGGUACGAGUGGGCACUGCUGCAGGGCGACCCGUCGGUGGACAUGAAGGUGCCCCAGUCGGGAACCCUGAAGCUGUCCCACCUGCAGGAAGGAACGUACACCUUUCAGCUCACGGUGACGGACGCCGCCGCUCAGAGGAGCUCCGACAACGUCUCGGUGACCGUGCUGCCCGCGGCCUCGUCCCCGGGAGGAUGCUCGAAGGUUUGCUCCCGCUACCACUUCUUCUGCGACGAUGGCUGUUGCAUCGACAUCACCCUGGCCUGCGAUGGAGUGGAGCAGUGUCCAGACAGGUCUGACGAAGCUUUCUGUCGCAACUUGAGCCUGGAGCGGAAAGCAACGACUCACACGGCAACUGCCCAGCCUAGAAGCACAGGACGGAGCGAAGAUGCAGAACAUGCAGCGGGCGGCUUCUCCUCGGAGAAGUUCCAGGAAGCCGCGGCCCCGAACGGGCCACCCGCGCUAUCAGACGUGGAGAAGAGGAAUCGUUCCACCUUCUGGGGACCAAAGAUUCCAACAGAUCCUGUGGUGCCAGAUAGCGGUUCCUCGAAGAGCAGAAAAGAGGAAAAUUACAUUUUUGAGUCAAAGAGCAACCGAGGAGGAGCAGAACACCCAGCCCCAGAAAUGGGUGCGGUGCUGCCCCUGACCCUGGGUUUGGCCAUCACUGUGUUGCUGCUUCUCGUGGUCGCUUGCCGGCUGCGCCUGGUGAAACAGAAACUUAAAAAAGCUCGGCCCAUUACAUCUGAGGAAUCCGACUACCUCAUCAACGGGAUGUAUCUCUGAUGAGUGCGGCGGCUUCAGCAGCUGGGGCAAGGACAUGUUUCACUUGUAACUGAGAUAUAUAUAUAUGUUGGGUUUUGGAUAUUUAGAACUUGUUUUUAACUGGGCUAAGGAAGGUACAGAAAACCCAGAAGAUUCUACCAGCCCCAAACCUAUGCUCUUAUUUAUCGUAGAAAGAUUUUCCUUGGGAAGUAUGUGAACUAUUUAAAUAUAGAGUCGUCCAUUAAGUUGAAGACUUUUACAAAUCGAAUUCUAAUUUACAUAAGCUGUCCCGGAAAAGAGCAAUUUGUACUUACCCAUGGCAGAAAAUUUAGUAUCUCAAGGGGUGUCCUUAGAAUGGCAGUGUUAAUAACCCUUUACUUGUUAGAAGCCAGCCAUGGACCCUGGCCACCCUGAGCCCCUCGCCCCCGGCUCCCCCUUGUUCUGUGGCCCUGCAAGUCCUCACUUCAGGCUUCCGUAGCUCUCCUUUCUCUUCUCCCCUUCAAAACCUGUUUCUGAGAAUGGAUCUCCAGGGAGUUUAUUCCUUCCGUGAGAUGUUACCUCUAGCAGGAAUAUCGAAAUUAUGAACCUCAUGCACAGGUCAGUGAUGACUCUUGGAAGGUGAACGAAUGUGCUUCCCAGCACCUCCGACACAUUGUGUGGGCGGCUGCCUCCUUAGGAUGACCUUUGGGAGAAAAAGCUCAGACUGAAUUACAAGUAGCUCUAACGUGGUCAUGAAGUGAUACAGGUGGAGUGAUCAAGGUGGAGCAGAGAAGCUGGCAGGUCAGUAAUUUUAAUAGGAACUUAGCCGAGGAAAGAGUGAGCAGAGACUGUUAGUGCUUUAUGAACCUACUCCACACUGCCUGACGGUCCACACUGCCUGAUGGUCCAGAACACAGCAGCUUUUUCACAGGCACCAGCUUUCACCAGUGGUCUGUGUCCUGGGAGAGGAAAAUGCAUUUAAGUCAAAAAGCAGAACAUUGAGUGGAUUUCUGGGUGCCGCUUUUGUAAAAAUGCUGUGGCUGUACGUAUCAGCGAGUUCUUUCAUCCAGUGGAAUCAGCUAUUUUUCCCAUCAUUUACAUAAUGCUAUAAAAUAUUAUAACGUGCAAUUGGCUAAUGCCAGGCUUAUCUAUUCUCAGAGCAUAAAGCAGUUUUGCACAAAUUCAUCUUUACAGAAAACUGGCAUCUAGCUUAGCAUCUGUUUCUUUUAAUUUGUAGGAUUUCAAAGGCAAAUUGUUUCCAUAAUCCCCUAAUACCAGAAUGAUACAUUUUCUAGAAAUUCUCUUCUGAGUGGAUGAUAAAGUGACGCCUGCCUGCAGCCACACGCUGUUCCCAGUUACACAACACAGGGUUGGUUCGCUUGUACCUUAAGUGGCAGAUCUUUUAAGAUUCUUGAAAAUACUCCAGAAGACAUUAUUUUCAGACUGAACCUCAGAUCGGUUGUUCCUUUAGCAGAAAAAUUAAUUUGGGUUGGAAAUGUAACCAAAUAUAUUAACAAAUAGAAAGUUAGUUCUAGAAAAACAGAUAAAUUAUUUUUAUUUCCUAAAACAUUCAAGCAUUUUGUUGGAAGUCUAGAAUUGAGCAAAGACUCAAAUUUCUCCUUCAGGGCAGUUCAGGGAAGUGGCAGUGCCGCCGCAUCCAGAUGUUGGUCCUUCCUUUGAGAACUGUGCCCUUUGUGUUCGACAGCCGCACCCAAUAAAGUAAAAACUGCCGAGGUGUGUCUUUCAGCACAUCUUUUACAAUGAAGAAAUUAAACACAAUUUAGUAUUGCUAUCGUGUUGAAAUACGUAAGAUGUCCCAUGUACAAUAGUCCAAAUAAACCGUAUUUUAUUCUUAAGUCUUUACAACUUUUUAAUAUAACCAUGAGUUGCCAAUACUUACUGAGCGGUACUAUCUGCCUGGAUUCAGUCAUGCCAACUAUAUUUUACAAAGAAGGAAAUGAAGAAUUAGAAAAGCAGAAUUGAGAUCUUCAAAAUACAUUGUCAGAUGGACUGAUGGGACUUUUUGAAGUCAACUUACCUGUUGAUUAUGUGAUCGAAGGAGUUCUGCAACUAAGACAAUUAAAAAUAAUUUUAAAGGC